AUUCUUUUUCAUGCUUAAUGUAUAAUGAAUGUCCGAAUUUUUCCUUUUCUUGAAAGGGUUGAGGCGAUGCAAUUGAUUCACAUAUUCAUGCUUGUAAUUUAUUCACAUAUGUUGACUUUCGAUCUCAUAAAUUUGAAUAUUAUUAUUAUCCUAGGGAUUCAAAGAGUGCUACUCUAAAUUUUAAGUUUUAAAAAAAUGCCAAAGGAUAGAAGAGUUGGUUCCUUUUCUUUUGAACGCUCUAGGGUCUCUCCUUACCCGUGUAGUUCUAGGGGCAGGGAUGCUAAGCUAUGCCAACCAGAGAAUCCAUUCGAAUUAGGAUUCGGAUCAGUUGAGGAUGUUAACGAGUGGGAGGAUGCGAGGUGCCCCAUUUGCAUGGAACACCCACACAAUGUGGUACUUUUGCGGUGUUCUUCCUUUGAAAAGGGUUGCCGCCCUUUCAUGUGCAACACAAGCUACCGCCAUUCAAAUUGUCUUGACCAGUUUUGUAAGUCAUCGGUGUCGUCUCCUUCAACUGUUGUGUUACAGGAAAUUCCUUUGGGAAACAUGACCUAUACUACUAGUGAUUGGAGGAAUACACCACCUUUCUACAAUCUGCAAACUGAGGCUGGUAGUGAUCUGCAGCCAAAGCUUCUUUGCCCUCUUUGUCGAGGAGAUGUUUACGGCUGGAGUGUGUUAGAUUCAGUGCGUCAGUUCAUGAAUUCCAAAGUUAGGGGUUGUUCUUCUGAGACAUGCGAUUUCAGUGGGACUUAUGGUGAACUUAGGAAGCAUGCUAGGUCUGCUCAUCCUUUAGUUCGGCCAACAGAGGUGGAUCCAGAACGACAGCAUGAUUGGACUAGGUUAGAGUGCGAAAGGGAUUAUGAGGACAUGCUUAGCUCAAUCCAAGUAUUCUCUAGGGAAGAAAGUAAUGGAGAAAGCCUUUCAGAUCUAGAGGAUUUUCGUUCUUGGUUGACUAUUAAUCUUGCAUACUUGACACUUGCACUUGAGUUCAUCAGUGAUUCCAGAAGUACAGAUGAAGAUAGUUUUAGGAGGAGAUAGGGGAGUAGGUGGUUUAGGUGAUCGAGAGUCUGAUCAUGUUCCUAGGGAGAAUAGUAGUUAUGUAUCUGAUCGAGCACUACUUGGUCACCUCAACAGUGCUAUGCCAGAUGAGAGACUUCCAGGUAGACAUCAUGGCUCUCGGGGCAUUCUCCAAUGGAGGAAUCGCAGUUCAACAUCAGAUAGAGUUUCCCAAGGGAGGCGCCAGAGUUCACAAGCUGAUAGAACACGUCGUGGCCAAGGUGGAUUGCGAUGGCGAACACCAAGAUGGUACUCCAAUAAUGGGCAGUGAGGGGAGCAGUGAGCACAUUAUUUAGUGAUUCUCAAUGUCGCAGAGCUUCUGGGAUUGGGCUGGCACAUGCUUUAUCUCAAUGAAAAAUGGAGUUUUUGAGUUUGUUAUGGUGAUUCAGGCAGAGUAGGGAAGUUGCUUUUUCUGAUCAUACUGACUGCACAAGUAUUCACCUUUAUUGUAGGCUAUAUCUGGAUGCUCUAAUGGAUUCCACUAUGAAGAUUGUGAUCUUCCUUUUGGCAAUAAUCAGGUUGGUAUAUGUGAUCAAGGAAGCAGCUUCGAUUCUAUAUUAUGGAUACUGUUUUGCAGCUGGUUCACCUCUCCUCACUGCUGAUAUUGUAUAAAGUGUAACUACUUCUACAACGAAAUGUAGGCUAUUGCGAUCGACAACCUACUUUUAAACUGAAAAUUGCAUUCAAAACUUUAUUUUCAGGAACAUGUAAUAAGACAUUAAGGGAUUCUAUAAGGGCUAGUUCAACUAUACAAUAUACCCUAGCAACCCAUUUUGUUAACUACGUAGUUAAUUCAUAUGCAGCUUGUUCUCCUUU